UUUAUCAUUUAAUUCGAAAAAAAGAACAAUUUUUAUUAAUCUGUGAUAAUUGCAAGUGAAUUCAGAAGCGGAAAAAAAAGAACAACAAACGCAGCAAGUCUCACGAAAAUAUCUCAACAAUGGGUAUACCUUUGGAAAAUACUAAAGAUAUAGAAAAACCUGGUAAUAAAAUCGAAAAUGGAAAUGGCAAAACAGAAGACAUAGAAGCCGUUGCAAAAAAAAGCCAUAAAACAAGCAAUUUAGAAGCCGCGACUCAUUUAUUUAAGGGCAGCGUAGGAGCUGGACUUUUUGCGAUGGGUGAUUGCUUUAAAAAUGGUGGGUUGGCGGGCGCGACACUAUUGUUACCGGUUUUGGCAGUGAUUUGUGUCCAUUGUGAGCAAAUGUUGAUUGAUGGCUCGAUAUUAGCGGUCGAAAAAACACCAGGCGCUACAUUUUACGAUUAUCCCGAAACGGUGGAGAAAUGUUUCGAAUACGGUCCGGCUCCGCUAAGACGCUUAUCAAAACUAAUGAGACUUAUUGUGGAAAUGUUCCUGUGUGUAACUCAAUUCGGUUUUUGUUCAAUAUAUUUUGUGUUUAUUACCGAAAAUUUACAUCAAGUUUUAGAAAUUCAUGGUCUAGAUAUUAGUCCUACUUUGACCAUGUUAAUUGCUUUGCUUCCGGCUAUGAUACCAUCAUUGAUGACCAAUUUGAAAUAUAUAUCGCCUGUCUCUGCGUUUGCGAAUGUUGCCCUAAUAUUUGGCUUAGUCGCGACUUUGACAAUAGCCUUUACAAGUGGGCCUAUGCCUUCGCUUAGCGAAAGACAUCUAUUUACAUCGGGCACUCAGAUGUCAUUAUUUUUCGGUACGGCAUUAUUUUCCUAUGAAGGUAUAGCUUUAAUUUUGCCUUUGCGCAACUCGAUGAAAGAACCGGAAAAAUUUAGCAGUCGUUUUGGUGUAUUAAAUAUCACAAUGGUCAUCAUAACUAUUAUAUUCAUGUUUACGGGAUUCACCAGCUACGUGAAAUGGGGUGAAGAAGUGCAAGGCAGUAUUACUCUAAAUUUGAACGUGGAAGAAAUCUUCUCUCAAGCUAUUAAAAUUGUGGCUGCCCUUGGAGUCUUUUUUGGUUAUCCCAUACAAUUUUUCGUAAUGAUUAAGAUCUUAUGGCCGCCGUUAAAGCAAAAUUUAAAUUACGCUCAAAGUCAUCCCAUACAAACGCAAGUAGCUUUACGCUUUAUUCUGAUACUAAUGACUUUUGGCGUUGCUUUGUUGGUGCCGAAACUACAUCUCUUCAUUUCGUUAAUUGGUGCGUUCUGCUCAACUGCUUUGGCAUUUGUUAUACCUGUUUUUAUAGAUUUCGUAGUAAAAGCUCAAAUCCCCAAAUCGCUUACAUUGUGGAUUUACUUCAAGAAUAUGGCGAUCUUGCUAGUGGCCGUUUUGGGCAUUGUAACUGGGACCUAUGAAAGUAUAGUUGAGAUAGUAAAAGCAUUUUAUGCAUAAUUUUCAUUGUUUUUUUUUUUUUUUGUUUUUCAUUAAUUUA